AUGAGACUGCUAGUCUUCUUAUGGGUUUCUUCUUUUAAAACUCAAAUAGCAUCAAUACAAAAUGAAAAUAUGCUGUUAUCAACUUCUGAGGUUGGUCAAACAUCUUCUAUUUUAAUUGGGUGUGAAUUUUUAAAACGUUAUGGAGCUUUGAAAUUAAAUGUUAAUAAUGAGAUUAUUAAUAUUAAACUUAUUAUGUAUAGUGAUAGGAAUA